AAAACCGUUAUGUUAUGACUUACGAGAAAGCCGAAAGAAGUAAAAAAAGCUCGAAGAACAAAAAAAUGGCGGCGUCGAACUCAGAGUGUGAUUCUAAGGUAAAUUCUAAGAAAACAAAUUUCGAAACAUUUCAGUUAUUUUCCUCUUCCGUAGGUUCUGGUUUCGGAAUAUUUGACGAUGUUUCACAACAAGUUAAUGCUACACCUCCUCCUCCUCCUCCUCCUUGUGUUGAAGUUUUUGCUUCUGACUCAGAGGCUGCUUCAUGCGGGAAGCAGAAUGUGGAUUCGGUAGAUAUUGACGGGGUUACUUUGUUUAAGGGACGGGUGAAUACUAAACAAGUUUUUGGUUUAUCCAACUCUGACUUAGUUCCAGGAAAAUAUGAAGGAGGACUGAAGCUGUGGGAAGGUUCACUUGAUCUAAUUAAAGCCCUUCGUUCAGAUAUCAAAAGUCAGCUUAUUUCAUUUGGUGGGAAGCGAGUAUUAGAGGUUGGAUGCGGUCAUGGACUGCCUGGAAUCUAUGCUUUACUUGAGGGUGCGGCCGUCGUACAUUUUCAAGACUUCAAUGCCGAGGUCCUACAUAGUCUAACUAUUCCCAAUGUAAAUGCAAAUGUUUCUGGAAGAUCUCAAACAUCACCUUCACACUUGACAAAUAACAAGGCAGAAGUUCGCUUUUUUGCUGGUGACUGGAGUGAAAUUGAUAAACUGCUCCUUCAUGUUGGUACCGAUGAAAAACAAAUUGAAGGUUCUGGUUAUGAUUUUAUUCUGAUGGCAGAGACAGUUUACUCCAUCAACAGUCUUCAAAAUCUCUACAAUCUUAUCAAAAAGUGCUUGAUACAUCCUCAUGGAGUUGUGUACAUGGCUGCAAAGAAGUAUUACUUCGGAGUAGGUGGAGGAAGUCGCAGAUUUCUGUCUGUGGUGGAAAAAGAUGGUGUCAUGACUAGUAACCUGGUUGCUGAAAUUACCGAUGGUUCAUCUAACGUGCGUGAAGUAUGGAAGCUUACAUUCAAGUAGUGUUGAUGUUUUCCUCGGUUUAUUUCUCGAGUUUGCCUGUGCCCCAAAAGGGGGUGCUUUCUGUUAGAAGGGUGAUGAUGGAUCAUUACAGUGUUGUUGCAGAGAUUGAACAAAAGAGAGUGCUAUUUGUUCACUUUAUAUCUCACAUCAUUCUUAUGCUAAAUGCAGAAGUAAAAUAGAUGGUUACUUUACA